GCGGUGAGUAGUCUUGUAGCUUGUGUAAAUUACACGUUGUUUGAGAAAGAGGACUUUGACUCGACCGUUGCCUUUGAUUUAUUUCGUAGACUUCAAGCCCCGAGUGGGAGCGAGAGAGCGUCAAGUAUUCCUGUACAACUAAAACUGGAAUUAUCACUUUCAUCCAAAUUGGAACUUUCCAAAAUAGUAAGUAUUUGUGUGUUGCUUGGAACGACUGUGAAACAAUGUCGCUCUAAUUAAGGCCUACAUUUGACUGUUAACCUUUAGCUUGUGAUAUAUUAGGGCGUUGAAUUGAUUGAUUUACAAGAUUUAAAAGUACUAUAGAACAUUCUUUGCGUGUGACUUUCAAAAAGAGAAGGAUAAUCUUUCUCAUAGAAAAGUUAGUAAGCCAGUUACACAUUUUAGUUUUGUCUCCAUGACAGGUGAUAGUAGUACGUUUGUGUUUUGAUUUAGUUCCUGUGUGAUGGAUCGUUGAAUGUUCUGAGUUUCGUUCUAUUUCAAUGACUCCUAAAUUAAUGUACGAGGAAAGAAAAUUUUUGCGAGGUUUGGGCAGUCGUUAGUAAAGUACGUCUUCCUUACGAUGUGAGUUCUCAAAACUCGACACACAAGCUAUUUACAUAUAUCUUCUUUUCAUUUGUUUUCAUUCAUUAUUCCCAAAACUUUCGGAAGAUCUUAAAGUAGAGAAAACUAUACUCUUAUGACCUGCUACUCAACCGAAUUCUAAAUAAUUUUAUUUUUUCCUUCUAUAAUCAUAUUUGCCGUAGUAUGAUAUUGCAUUUUAGGUUUUAUAACGUAUAUAAUGUUUUUAAGUUUUAAUUUCGCAAGACCAUUUUGAAAGAUCACCACAUGUGAAGAGUCACCUAAGUAACUUAUGUGUAAGAAAGCUAUGAGGUCUUGAUACACCUGCCUCAAAUGUAACAUUCUUAAAUUGCAAAUUUUUGAAUCAGCUCUCAUGUUAAAAUUAUUGGUAGAGAGCAAAUGGUCAAAAAUGACAUACAAAAUACAUGUAGGAACAUGGGGUAAAAUAGACAAUCUUUGUGCGAGAAUCCUACUUUAAAAAAUACUUUCUAGAGGCCUACUUAGAGAGUAGACAUCUAGAAAUUGUCUGUGGGUGCUCUGCUGGAAUAUUUCUGGCUCCUUCAUUUACGGAAACAAAAUGUUGCCUAGAAUAUACAUGUACACAUAUCUUGCAUGUCUCCUUUUGCUGCUGUUGUUUAACCUUAUCACAUGAGAUAUUUUCACUUCAAGACCAAACAAUGGCCAUAGAGGAGACUAGUACAGCAUUAGAAUGACUUAACAACUUGACAACCAAGACCACAAUUUUUUCAGCAUCAUCCACCCACUUAAAACUUUAAGAGAACCUUGCUCCAGCUUAAUUAAACACAGCUGACAGUUGAGAUGAAUGGAUAACUGUAUACGAAGUUUGUUGUAGCUCAAAUUUUACCUUGGUUUAAAGUUUUUUAAUGGAAACAAAGGAAUAUUUAAGUCCCAAGAAAUUAGUCUUUUAUUUGAUUUUUUAUUUGCCUCAGAUAAUUCAUCCACCUAGUCUGACUGGGCUGGAUGGCUUAACUUGAUAAUCUUUAACCUGAAUCUCCAUAGAAUGAAUGAAAAAAGUUUAAAGAAUCUUUUUAACUCAAAACUUUCAUUACUACUCGUCCUUGUUGGCAUAGUCAUAGAACAUUCUUGAAAAACUCAAAUAAUUUUUGCUGUCUUGAAAUUUAAUACUCAAAGACAUCUCCCUCCCUUCUGUUUUCACUCUCUCUUUUCUGAAUUCUUAAACACUCAAUAUGGCUCAAGUUUUUAGCAUAAGUAUUAUGAAAUCAAGAAUGGGGAGAAUUUUUUGAGGAUUUCACAGUCUACGCACAUGUUCAUGGAUAUUUAUCUCAAGUUUAAUCCCUACAAAAAAAGGAAGAUUGGUCUCAAAAAAUAGACUCAAUGCAUUUGGCAGUACACGUAUAUAAAAUGAAGGACAAAUUUAGAAAGGAGAUACCAAUAUUUUGAUAAAAGUUUACUUUAAACUUGAUAUUGUUAAAAUUUUUAAUAUCCUGUGGCUUUUCACCAUAUGCAAGUUUGUUUGUUUACCAACUAAUGGAGUUUUUCCUAAGUGUUUGCUUAUUUUGUCAAACCUGUUUUGUUAUUCUCACCCACAUGAACUAAACCUGAUUUUAAUAAUUUACUCUAAAUGGUUUUGACAUGUGCUCACACCUGUUACCUGUUCAAGUGUCAAUACUUUUAGCACUUGUUUGCCUGGAAAAAGAGAAUCCAAAAUAUUUUAACAAAAGGGUAUGAAUUUUGGCCAGAUUACCUGAUAUUUCUGACAAAUUAAUCAAAACAAUUUGCAUAUUUUUGUGUCAGAUUCUAGAUUUUUACAUUUCUAAGAGUCUUUUUGGCCCUGAAGAAAUUUAGUGUUAAAGUACAGUUGGAUAAAACUGAAAAUUGCUUGAUAUGUAUCUUCUUCCCAUCAAGUGGCUCUUGAUUCCUUAAAGCUUAAUACAUUAUAGAUAGAUCACUUUUUUACUUUUACUAUUGCAACUAAAAUUAUACUUAUGAUACAAAUGGCAUGUUAACAGAGAAAGAAGCAGCAACAAAAAUUUAGGGGUAUCUCUUUAGGUAUAGAAGUACCUGUACUUUAGCAGUGGGCACUAAACUGCAUCACCACAGUUGUGACUCGGUUCUUGACAGUAUUAGCUCUAAAUUUUCAGAUAAAUGGAAGAUGUUCAAGAUGUUAUUUUUUAUUACUAUCUUCUGGGAGUAAAGAGAUACACCACAUCAUAGUUUUUCAUUAUGUUUAUCUUCAAUUACCUUUCUUUCAGGAUGAUGUUAAACAGUCUGAAUCAUCCAAGGAUACACCAGUUCUACUGCAACAAUCAUCAUCAGCUUUGCCUUCUUCCUCAUUACACCUCGAAGAGCUUCUUACUCCAAAGGUGGCUCCUGCCACUCCAAGCUAUGAUACAGAGUCUACUGCAACCACAAUCAUUGGUAGUACCAUUGCAUUUAAUCCACAGGCAAAUGGUCAUGUGUCAUCAUCUGUGAUCCUUAUUCCUCCCAGUAAUUCUGGUCAGGUUCAGGCAUCAGACCCCAUGGUUGGUGUUGAGGAAAGAAGUCAGUUUGAGCCUUUCCCUACAAAAGAACCAGAAGUUUUGAUAUCAGUUCUGGACAUUGCGUGAGUUGAUUUUACUAUAUAUUUUGUGCCCUACAUAAAACAGUUUUUUCUUCUUUUUCUGCUACUUGAUAAGGCUGAAAUAAAAAUGAUUUCAUCAGUAUUGUGCAGUAUUGUCUUUUGUUCUUCUUUAGACAGUGUUGUAGAACUGUAUAUUAAUACAUUAAGAUGCAUGUGUGUGGCUGUUUAGAAACUAGAUACCUUUAAACUGUUAGAGAAGCCUUAAUAGUGAGGUCAUUGUGCUUACCUUUAUAAAAUGGACUGUUCUCUAAAAUGGACACUUUGCUCUGUCUUUUCAGUGUUCAAGACAACAGCAAAGUUAAACUCUUUUCUGAAUUUCUUAUUGAACCUGAGGUAGUAAGGUCAUAGUAGCCAAUUUUUUUGCGGAUUGUUUUCUUUUGGGAAUUUAUUUUGGGAGAUUUAGGACAAUCCGUUCUAGCUUACAAGCUAGACUGCAAAAUCUCUACGCCAGAUGGUUAAAUUAAUAGUUUUUGACUCAGGCAAUUUUGCAAUUUUGUAGCCCUCCAACUCCAAUUAGUAACACACCAGUUCCCACUCCACCUACUCCAGCUACAGUUGCAAAGGAAGAUGAAGACAGCAUUACAGCUGAUUUAAAUCAGGCAGAGGAAGAAAAUAAACCAAAGGAAGAUGAGAUGCCAUCAUUUGAUGAAUUCAAAAGGAGAGUUUUGCAAGAAGAAGAAGAAAAGAGCAAACAACAGACUGCCCAGAAUACUAGUGGAACUGCACACAAACCCAAACCCAAAAAGGUAAAGGAGAGAAAACAGAGCAACUAUGCAUCUGUGGAUUGUGGCGCCAAGAUUCUGGAUCACAAUAAGGAGGCUUCUAAUGCUGACAGUGUUUUAGUGGAGAACAAGGACUUGUAUAUGUUAAAUCCAUGCAGUGCUAAAGUGUGGUUUGUUGUUGAGCUUUGCGAUGUAGCUCAUGUUAAGAGCAUUCAGAUUGCCAACUUUGAACUGUUCUCUUCAACGCCAGAAAGCUUUCGGGUUUACGUCAGCACAAGGUAUCCAACAAGAGAAUGGACAAUGCUUGGAACCUUUGAGGCUCGCGAAGAACGAUCAAUACAAACAUUUCCUUUAGAUGAACCAAUUUAUGCCAAGUACCUUAAGGUAAAGUGUGUACUAUUUACAUUUAUAUUAUGUGUACCAUUUAUAUUUAUAUUAUAUUAAGUAUUAAGUGAUGACACAUAUGAAUCAAAUCAGACUCAGUAGACAAAAAAGUUACUAGAAGUCCAACAGUCACUUUAUCCAAAUUUUAAUGAUUGCUUCACUUUCAAGCACAGAUUGAAAUGUUGAGUCACUUUGUUUCAGAGCAUUGGUCAGUAAUGAAAGAAGUUGCUGGUAGCACAAAAGUCACUUUAUCCGAGUUGUAAUGAUUUCUUCACCUGUACAGGUUGAGAUGUUGAGUCACUUUGGUUCAGAACACUACUGUCCACUUAGUCUUCUGCGUGUUCAUGGCAGUAGCAUGAUGGAAGAGCUUGAAGAUCAUGAGAUUGGGGGACAAGAUGACAGUGAGAACUCAGAGAGUGAACAAGAUAUUCCAGUCUUGCCUCCUGAACCCGGGUCAAAGGCUCAAGAUGAACCCAAAGAGCCAAACUUUCUUGAGCGCGCUGCUGAUACUGUUAUGAAUAUUGUCAAGAAAAUUGCUGGAAAGGAGGAUGAAAAUAGAAAUGGUAGUGAAAAAGGAGAGCAGUAUGAUCAUCCCUUAGAAUCUGUUACCAGUGGUGGGACAGCUUCCAGUGAGAUUGAAUCCAAACAUAAACAUAAAAUUGUUACUCUUGUUGGUCAUGAAGAACUUGAAGAAAACCAAGUGGAAAACAAGACUAAUGAUGGCAGCAAUACUCUGGUAAAAGAACAUCAUGAAGACAAGAGGACUUCUCAUACACAAGAACAAAAACCAUUAUCUGUUAACAGUAGCAGUCAAAAGACCUCACUGUGCGAGGAUACGGAAAGUGAUUCUAAAUCAAAAACAACGUGUACAGCUUUGACUCCUUGUCAGUCGUUUGCCCAAGUGAUUGGCCAAUAUUGUUUAGGAUGUUUCAUGGGACAAUUGUUGUUCUCCAAGAGUGGAUAUGAGAAGUCUACAUUCCUAGUGAAUGCUGUAAAGGAUAAAAGAACUAAUCUAAGUCCCAUUCAGAAAUCAAAAUCUGAUGAGAAAGAUGAUGAUUCCUCUGAAAGCCAACAAGAAGGAGAACAAGGAGAAUGGGACAAACUGGUGAUACAGGACAACAGCAAAGAAAAGAAAUCUGUAAGUGAAAGUAUCAUGCAGCAGAAUGCCCCAUCUGAAGAAAAAAGUCCACAAUUAUCUGUCAACAUUCCCAGCUCAUCCCCCAGCAAUUUGGAUGGAAAAAGUGGAGUUACUGUUUCUAGUCUGUUAAAUGUUGAAGAUACUGUCUCUGUCUCCUCCAAAAUUGUAAAACCUAGUUACUCAGGGAGCCCUUUGGAUGUGAAAGGUGAAAUAUCCGACAUCAAAACACCUUCAUUGGGGAAAAUUUCAGUUGUUUCCGAAGCACCUUUGAAUUCUGUGCAGUCAUCAUCUUCUUCCUCUGUGACACUUCAAAGUUUAGAGUUACCUGUCAUUAAAGAACCCGAAGGCAGUAACAGUCUAGAACCAGUAGAUGGUAAUAAUGUACAGGAACCAACCACUCAUGGAAGUUUGUCAUCAGUUAGUCUGUCAUCUACCCAUGACAGGGAGCCUACCUUGUUAGUACUGAAGAAUAGGUUUAAAGAAGUCCCAGAAUCUUCUCAGUCAGAUGUGAACCCUUUUCUUAAAGCUGAAGAGAAGAAGGAGCCUGAUACACCAGAUGAAUUAAGGGGAAAUAAAGACAAUGAAGUCAGUGCAACACCAACAGAAUGUAAAUCUCUAAAUUCUCUACACACUGUGCCAUUUUCGUCUCCAGAUAUUGAUGUCUUGGAGACAAAACUCACUGAUAAAGAAGGGCGAGAAGGAACUGCUCAGCUGCCUGAAGAAACUCAGGCUGAGAUAGACAACCUUUUACCAAAUGAGAAAAGUGAAUCAAAAGAUAAAGAAGGGCAGGUGACUGAUUUUUCAAAUAAGAUUGUAGAACCUGAAGAGUCAGGAGACAAAGGGAUUCUUCCUAACAUGGAAAGCCAGGAUAGAGCUGGUAUUGGUGAAAGCACAAUAUCAAUUACAGUGGGGGAGUCCCAAAGUGUCAGUCCAACAGUUCAGCCUGGUGCUGGGUCUAUAACUGACCCUGGUGACCAGUCUGAGUCUGUUCUUCCAUUGCCAGCUCCCCCCAUAGCUAGUGCAAGUAGCCAUGAAUUUAUUGCUGCAGCUUCAUCAGACACCAAUCUGGAUGCCGCUAUGCUUAGUAAAACACAACACCAAGCAUCAGGCUCAUCAGCUGGUGUGGCAUCAGCAGUUGGUUCUGGAGUACAUAAGGAGUCGAUUUUUGUGCGACUUAGCAACAAGAUCAAGGCCUUAGAGCAGAACCUCAACAUGAGCACUCUUUACAUGGAACAGCUAAAUCAGAGGUGAGUCUAUCAUGCAAGGAAGUAUUGAGGGAACAGGGUUGGUAUUGGUCUUAAAAAUGUAGGUUGUUUUUUUUCAGUUUUGGAGAGGUUUUGUCAUGCAUAGACUGAAGAGUCCUGGAAAGUGCUGGCAAGUCUCAGAAAGAGUUAGUUCUUGUUGGAAAGCCCUAUAGGGAAAAACAAAGACUAACAUCUGGAGUUGGUGUUAAGCUAUGAUAUCAUUACAUUUUAAAGUCAUGAAAUAAAUAUAUUAGAGUCCUGGAAAAGUCCUUGAAGACAUUUUCAUAAAAGAUGUUCAAACUUUUGGGAAUGAGGUUGAGAGGUUGUGAGUUGUGGAAAAACUUGUGAACUACACCCCCUCCCCUCCCCCCCCCUUUACCCCCCCCCCCCCCCAUUCCCUCUGUCUGUAGAGGUUAUUUUUAUUGGACCUUACUGCAAUCAUACAAUGUGCAGUGAGGAAAUUUGGAUUGUGUGUUUGGUCUUUGAUGUGUAUUGUUUUUUUCAUUUCAUAUCUUUUACGUAGUGUUCGUUGUUCCUUAAUAGAAAACAUUUCAGAAUGAAAUAAACACAGCACAGUUAAAAUGUCAUCUUGAUGUCAAUUUUAAUUUUUUAAAAAAAACAUAUAUAUGAAAUAAGGAUUUGUUAAAUAGUUGUAUGGGAAUGAAGUAGUAACCAUGCAUAAACAGUUCUACAUAUAGGGUGUUUAAAACAGCAGAGUCAACUAAAAUUACCUGCGCUGUAAUGUAGUACAAGUGCAUGUAGUUGAGUAGUACUGUUGCCCAAUACUGUCCAAUUGUUUACAACAUCUUAAAGACCAGACAGUCUAACUUUCCCUGAAACUUUCUCUCAGGAGUGAGAAGUGUGUAGUGUAUACUAAAACUUUUACUUGAAUCACUUGUGAGGAUAUCAACAUCAUUGUUAGAUUAUGCUGGUAUGUUUCCACUAACUUUACAUGCUAAAUAUGAGGUGGGUUAGCUGCAAAUAGUGGGUUGACUUAAAUAUAAGUACACCGUAUGCAGUGUACAUUAAACUGUCAAGUAUUUAAGCCUUGGAAGGUAACAUUUUCUUUUUUUUCUAUUGAGUUACUCUGUUUUAUUCACAAGCCUUUUUUCUGAACACAGGUACCGGAAAUCACUGGAUGAUCUUCAAAAAAGCUCGGACAAAAAAGUUGCCUUGUUGACAAAUGCCACAAAGAAAGCAGAAACUGUGGUAUGUAUACUUAUGAAAAUUAUGAGUUGAUUUUUAAAUUCUGGGAAAUGGUGUGCCCUAUUGCUUAGCACACUUCAAAAUUUAGGAUACAAGAUACAUUUCUUUCAUGAUUUUCUCUCCCCCCAGUAAUAUAAAUCUUCUAAGACAUUUUGGUGUGUAGUAUCGCUGAGUAUUUUAUGAGUUGUGCCUAUAGGGAGAGUAAAAUACAACAAAGAGUAAAAAUAACAAGCACUACUACACACCAAAAUGUCUAAUAAGCUGUUUAUUAUCCAACUGCUUUUUUUUCUGCUAAGUGAUUAUGCUCAUUUUUUAUAUGUUGGGAAAAACAAAGUGGAUAGAGAAGCAUAGCAAACACAACCGACUGUUUAAACAGAUUUUUUUUUACAGUACGAUAUCACAGGAUAUCUGUACUCUAUUGGCACAAUAUUUUUUACUCUACUUUGUGCAGUUGGAUACUACUGUGUGUAUAUGUAACUGUCAUGAAAGUUGGACAAAAUGUCUACCUGCAAUGGACUAUUUUUCCACCCUAAGGGGGGGAUGUCAAAACAGUUCUAGUCACCUUAUCCUUCACAAACUGUAGUAAUGGCCACUGUGUGUGCCACUGGAUGGAGAGCAGCCUCAACCAUUUUUCAUGUGGUAAAAAGAAGAAACUGUGGUCUGUCUACAGAUGAAAAUUAUCAGUUAAAUUUUCCAGUUGUAUGGGUAACUUUUUUUUUUGGGGGGGGGGGGGGACUUUACUGCUCUGGUUUAACCAACAGUCCAGCACAUAUCUGUGUAUUUUAAGGUUGUUUAAUGCUAUAGUUCAUGCAUCACUUUGUUGAUUAACCCUUUAACUCCCAAGAUCUGAUUAUUAAUUUUCCCCUCCACAUUUUGUUACACAAUUCCUGGCGAAUAAGUUAGGCGAAUUUGGUAUUAAAUCAAGAUAUCAACUUCAACCUGAUAAGUUUGGGUAUUCUCUUUUUCCCUUUGCUUGAUAAUGUACAGAUAUUAUAGAGAGAAGUUUCAUGUUAAUCACUUCCAGGAGUUAAAGGGUUAAGUAAAUUUUACUUACAGAUUAACAACCAAAAGGAACAAAUUGCCAAACUGCAGUCUGAGCUCGGCAAUCUUACCAGUAUGAUGGUGGAAAUGAAGGCUCGCAUGGAUCCUCUAAACAAGGAAGUUAUGGAGAGGCAUGUGAUUGGUCUGUGUAUAGAGAUUGCUUUGAUCUUGUUAUUGUUUUUGGUGUUUACUAAGAGGAACAACAAUAAUAACAGCAACAACAUUCCUGAGGCCCGAGGGGAAUCUGGCCACUUCGUGAAUGGCAAGGGCCCCCCUAGGUUUGCAAUUGAAGAUGAUCAUAACAAGACCAGUACAAUCCACCCAACAGGCAAGUUAGAUGUACAUUAUAGAUGUAUUUGAUACUGAAGAAUACACAGUUUACAAUUACAGGGGCAUAGACUUAAUCAAUCUUUAUUUUGUACCAAAUUAAACAUAAGAAUCUCACCCUUUGGAAUAAUUGUUGUGUGGUGCCAUCCUUCUUGUGAAUCAAAAUAGAUAAAAGUACGAAGAUGGGUUGUAAAAUUUAUCUGGCAUAUUCAUGAUUGGUUGUUCUUCGUCAAUUGACGGAUAGGAAUUUUUUUUUGUUUUUAAGCAGGGGUGGGAGGGGGGGUGGGGGGGACUGUAGAGCCUUGGAGAAAAAUAUUAUAACCAAGUACAGUAGGAACUCAUUUAAAUGAAGCUUAGAUAAAACAUCCUCUCUGGUGUAAGGAAAGGGGCUUUACCACAACAAAACCUUUGGAAGAUUAUUUACUGUACCUCCACUGAAUAGAUUGGAGUUUCUUGGUAUAUUGGAUUUGUUUAGUGACAUUUGUUUACCUAUGAAAAAACAGGUUUUAUAUUAAGAGUUCAUUAGAAUGUUUAGAUAACUUUUUGGUCAUUUUUUAUUUUUUUUAGCCUGUCUCAGUGGAAGAGAGCAGCUCCUUCGUAGUUUUGGAAAACCCUCAGAACCGGAGUCUGUUGGUUCUAGUAAUAUUGCAGAUGGUCAUGAGAACAAACUAAACAAGGUCAGAUAAAACUCAUAUCGUCAGUGGGGAGAAAUUCCAAAGUUUGCCACAAAAUGCACAUUAACCCAUCAGUUGCUACAUCACAGCUAAUGCAUCUUGAAAAAUUUACCUCUAAUUUUUUAAUUUUUUUUUUAUUAUUUUCUGUCUGUCUUAAUCUUCUUUACCAUUGAUCAUUCCAGUUCAUUCAAAGUGUUUUUUGUUUGUUUGAUUGUUUGGUUGUUUUGUUUUAUUUUAUUUUACCAUACUUGUAUUUGUGGUCUUUCUGUUAUUCAGGUGCAGAUAAUUUUUGACGCUAGAGCAAUUACUCAAACGCGAAGUCAAGAUGAUUUAUGCAAAUUAGUAUUGAGAUUUUAAGUAUUAAACCGAGGGAAAAAUUUUGUCCUUGCAGGCAGAACCGUUCAAUUCUAAUGACAGUAAGAAGAGACGUAACCGCAAACGCAAAGUAUCCAGUCCCGAGCCUCCCUCAGACAGUACUUCUUGUGCUGACACGCCUAGUCCUGGUAGUUUUCUCAGUCGAACCGCUGGCUUACUCUUCUCGAGUGCUCGUGGACUCUUUGGUAGUUUUCACAAUCCAUGGAAAUUGAAGAAGCCAUCGACUGUGCAUAGCGAUCCUAUCCUCUCUACAAGAUCGGGAGACUGCCUCGUUGGUGAAACGGAAAGACUGAGGCAUCCUGUGCUAUUAAGAGCUAGGAGUCUAGACUCAGUUCCAGAGGAGACACCUUCACAAAGACUUGCACCUCCGCCCACACCACCCCCUCUCCCACCGGAGUUUGGGGUCGUGUUUAAGCGCCCCCCUGAUUGUUAUUACUCCAAGAAGACCGGUGUUAGGAACAUAACCCCUGGCCCGCUAAAAUAUGGAAAAUAUGGCGUCUUAGAUUCCCAGCUGGCGUAA